GUGCAGUAUCGUGCACAUAUAGGAAAAUGAUGAACAGCAGCAGCAGGAGCAGGAGAAGUGGGACUGAGGCCUCCCAUGCAGAUGCUUGGCCCGGCGGCCCAGCCCCACUCAACUUGAACCACUAUGCUAAUAAGAAGAGUGCAGCUGAGAGCAUGCUGGAUGUGGCUCUGCUGAUGGCAAAUGCCUCCCAGCUGAAGGCUGUGCUGGAGCAGGGGCCGCAUCUUUCCUUCUUCACCCCCAUCGUCACCCUAAUCAGCAUCUCCCUCUGUCUGCAGGUCACAGUCGGGGUCCUGCUUAUCUUCAUAGUUCAAUGGAAUCUGAAUGAUGAACGAAAGCAUUGGAGGCUGGACACGAUGGAAAACGUGGCCACGAGCCUGGUUUUUAUCAUCGUGGUGGUCAACAUCUUCAUCGCCGCCUUCGGAGUCAACCGGCCGAAAAGCAAAGACUGACCCAAGGACUCGCACAAAGGUAUUAUGUCUCUUUUUGCUCAUCAUAGAGGUUCCUUAUUUUCACCCUCUGUCUCUGCUCCCAUCUCUCUAUUCA